AUGGAGCUGGACCACAGGACGAGCGGCGGCCUCCACGCCUACCCGGGGCCGCGGGGCGGGCCGGUGGCCAAGCCCAACGUGAUCCUGCAGAUCGGUAAGUGCCGGGCCGAGAUGCUGGAGCACGUGCGGAGGACCCACCGGCACCUGCUGACCGAGGUGUCCAAGCAGGUGGAGCGCGAGCUGAAGGGGCUGCACAGGUCGGUGGGCAAGCUGGAGAACAACCUGGACGGCUACGUGCCCACGGGGGACUCGCAGCGCUGGAAGAGGUCCAUCAAAGCCUGCCUGUGCCGCUGCCAGGAGACCAUCGCCAACCUGGAGCGCUGGGUCAAGCGCGAGAUGCACGUGUGGCGGGAGGUCUUCUACCGGCUGGAGAGGUGGGCCGACCGCCUGGAGUCCAUGGGCGGCAAGUACCCGGUGGGCAGUGAGCCGGCCCGCCACACCGUCUCCGUGGGUGUGGGGGGUCCCGAGAGCUACUGCCAGGAGGCUGAUGGCUAUGACUACACGGUCAGCCCCUAUGCCAUCACCCCGCCACCUGCGGCCGGUGAGCUGCCCGGGCAGGAGCCGGAUGAGGCCCAGCAGUACCAGCCAUGGGCACAGGGUGAGGACGGGCAGCCGAGCCCUGGCGUGGACACGCAGAUCUUCGAGGACCCUCGGGAGUUCCUGAGCCACCUGGAAGAAUACCUGCGGCAGGUGGGCGGCUCCGAGGAGUACUGGCUGUCGCAGAUCCAGAACCACAUGAACGGGCCGGCCAAGAAGUGGUGGGAGUUCAAGCAGGGCUCAGUGAGGAACUGGGUGGAGUUCAAGAAGGAGUUCCUGCAGUACAGCGAGGGCACUCUGUCCCGCGAGGCUAUCCAGCGCGAGCUGGACCUGCCGCAGAAGCAGGGCGAGCCGCUGGACCAGUUCCUGUGGCGCAAGCGGGACCUGUACCAGACGCUCUAUGUGGAUGCCGACGAGGAGGAGAUCAUCCAGUACGUGGUAGGCACCCUGCAGCCCAAGCUGAAGCGCUUUCUGCGCCACCCGCUGCCCAAGACCCUGGAGCAGCUCAUCCAGAGGGGCAUGGAGGUGCAGGAUGGCCUAGAGCAGGCAGCUGAGCCUGCUGGUCCCCAACCGCCCACUGAGGACGAGGCCGAGGCCCUCACGCCCGCCCUCACCAAUGAGUCUGUAGCCAGUGACCGGACCCCGCCCGAAUAA